AUGGAACUGUUGAUUGCUUUGGACAAAGAGACAGGGUACCCUGGGAGCUUAUCUGGUAAGUGUAGAUACCAUAUUUCUACAAGUCUGAAAUCCUGGCAUUCUUUCCCAACACCUAGAAUUAGAAACGUUUCAAUUCAACCAGAUUUCCAACCAGACCCCCAGAAAACCAUGCGAAGAGGGCAGAAGUGUCUGCUUUGGUCUCUGACCUGCACUGCCUGGCUCCUGCUUCUCUCAAUUGAAGGACAAGAGUCUGCUGGGCCUGAAGUGGUGACCCAGUUUGGUCGGGUCCGUGGGAAACAGGUCGCUGUCAAGGGAACUGAUCAUCGUGCAGAUGUUUUCCUAGGAGUGCCAUUUGCCAAGUCCCCAGUGGGAGCUGGGAGAUUCGCUCCUCCACAGCCUAUGGAGCCGUGGGAGGGUGUAAAAGAUGCCACUGCAUUCCCCCCAAUGUGUUUGCAGGAGUUAGAAAGGGCAGAACUUACAAAAUAUACUUUAGAUGGGAAACAGCAACUCUUUCCAAUAUCUGAAGACUGUCUCUACCUCAACAUCUACACCCCGUCCUCCCGACAUGAGAAGGAGAGGUUACCUGUGAUGGUCUGGGUACAUGGUGGGUCAUUAUCGACUGGAGCAGCUUCCUCAGUGGAUGGAUCACCUUUAUCAGCCUAUGAAGAUAUUGUGGUGGUAGUGGUACAAUACAGACUGGGAUACCAGGGGUUCCUGAGCUCUGGGGAUGAGUUUGCAACUGGUAACUGGGGAUUCUUAGACUUGGUGGCUGCUUUGAAAUGGGUCCAGGGCAACAUUGCUAACUUUGGAGGAGACCCCAGCUGUGUGACCAUCGCCGGACAAUCUGCAGGAGCAAUUUGUGUCUCUGCACUUGUUCUGUCUCCUAUGACCAAAGGCCUAUUCCAUAGAGCCAUUGCCCAGAGUGGGGUUGCCAUUACCCCAGGCAUCAUCAUAGACAACCCUCAGACCAUUUUUCAGGAGACUGCUCACUUGUAUGGCUGUGAAGGUUCCAGCUCAGAAGACUUGAUCCAAUGCUUACGAACUAAGGAGCACAUGAUAUUGAACAGGAAUUUCUCAUCUAGAACAAUAAUCCCGGCAAAUGUGGAUGGUGUUUUCUUGCCAGAGCUACCAGAAAAGCUCCUCUUAGAGAAUGAUUUCCCAAGAAUUCCCUAUUUGCUUGGAGUCAACAACCAGGAGUUUGGGCAUGCAAUAUUUUCAGCAUGGAUCUCCAAAAAUCUGGAAAAUGGAAUGACAAAAGAGGAUGCCCUCACUUUGUUGAGGAGCCAGAGCACUCUCCUGAGCAUCCCCCUUGAACUGAUCCAUUUCAUCAUAGAUGAAUACAUAGGUAACCAGACAGACCCACUCGCCAUUAGGGAUGCAACUCUGGAUAUGUUUGGAGACGUGGUCAUGGUUUUUCCAGCUCUGAAAGUAUCAAAGGAAUACAGAGAUUCUGGUGCUCCAGUCUACUUUUAUGAAUUCCAGCAUCGGCCAAGUGCUUUCGAUAAGAUCAAACCUGCUUAUGUAAAAGCUGACCACUCAGCUGAGCUCACAUUUGUUUUUGGAGGCCCUUUCAUGGCAGAUGAGCGCUCUGUGUUGGCUUUUCCAGAUGCCACUGAGGAGGAGAAACAUCUAAGCAGACUAAUGAUGAGAUACUGGGCCAAUUUCUUUCGUAUGGGGGACCCCAAUGGAGAAGGACUGCCCACCUGGCCUCUCUAUGACCAAUCAGAGCCAUACCUAGAGCUCAACUUGACUAUAAAAAGUGGAAGGAAACUCAAACAGGAUAAAAUGGAGUUUUUGGAAAAAUUCUUUCGUGAAACUGUUGAGCCAUAUUAUGAAGGAAAUAAAGUGCACUUGGAGUUGUGA